AUGGCGACGACGGCUUACUCCUCUGCUGCGAUCAGGCCGAGCUCCAGCGUUUGCCCCAGGGCCUGCGAGGAGUUCUCUCACUUCCGCGCUGGUUCGUCGGUUUCGUUUGUCCGCCCACGGGGGAUCGAUGGAUCUCGUCGGUGUCGCCGGAUUCCACUCGUAGCGUCGGCGGCGAACUCUGGACGGAGUCGGUCGAGAAUUUGCGCAAGCUCCGCUCCAGUUAUGGAGCCGACGGCCCCGGGCGAGGGGGCGAUUUCGAGAGUCUCGACUGUCGUGGACGUCGACUUGGGAAAUCGGAGCUAUCCCAUCUACAUCGGAUCGGGGCUCCUCGAUGAGCCAGAGCUUCUCCAGAGGUAUCCAAACCCUCGUCUACUGCCCCCUUAUCUUCAUCCCUACAUCUAGUUCCAACCACCGAUCGAACGCUUGCGUGUGCUCAUCAGUUUUUUGAUUAGCAAUUGACUCUGUCCCAAUUGAUUGCAGGCAUGUUCAUGGGAAGCAAGUUCUUGUGGUGACGAACACUACUGUUGCUCCUCUGUACCUCGAAAAGGUCACCAGAGCCCUAACCAUCGGCAACUCGGAUGUGAAUGUCCAAAGCGUGAUCCUACCCGAUGGAGAGAAGUACAAGAACAUGGUUGGUUAUGGUCUCUUCCAUCUUUGUUAUUCGCCAUACUGUUGAUCUUUCGAGCACUCAGAUCAACUUCAUUAUGUGUUUGUGUGUGUGUGCGUGCGUCCUUCUGUAGGAGACAUUGAUGAAGGUUUUUGACAAGGCAAUCGGAUCUCGGCUGGACCGCCGCUGCACAUUUGUGGCUCUUGGCGGCGGAGUGAUAGGGGACAUGUGUGGGUUCGCAGCAGCAGCUUUUCUUCGCGGUGUUAACUUCAUUCAGAUCCCAACUACCCUCAUGGCUCAGGUACUCUGCUCUUGAGGUUCUUCCUCAUUUACCUGAGAUUUAUGCCAUCAUAUGCAUAAUGCGUAUCAAUGUCUCUGAACCAGGUUGAUUCCUCUGUUGGUGGAAAAACCGGAAUAAAUCACCCUCUGGGCAAAAACCUGAUCGGCGCUUUCUACCAGCCGCAGAGUGUACUGAUUGACACCGACACCCUGAACACAUUGCCCGAUAGGGAGUUAGCUUCAGGGAUUGCUGAAGUCGUAAAGUAUGGCCUCAUCAGAGAUGCCGAGUUCUUCGAAUGGCAAGAGAAGAACAUGCAGAAGCUGUUGUCAAGGUACUGAAGCAAGUUCUUCGCCAUUUUUUUUUUCAAUGGAGACUAUUUUUCUCUCAUUAGGUAGUUAUUUCUUUGCAAUAAUAGACAUUUUUGGUUCUCAUAAGAUAUUUCAUUCCCACCUUAGCUUUUUUUAUUAUUAAAAAAGGAAAUGGAAUUUCCUUGUGCCCAGUUUUUGGUGUCCAAUCCUGAUGGAUGUCAAUGCAAUUUUGGUCCAGGGAUCGUGAUGCUCUAGCAUAUGCAAUCAAGCGAUCAUGUGAAAAUAAGGCUGAGGUUGUAUCCAAGGAUGAGAAAGAAAGCGGGCUGAGGGCUACUCUGAACUUGGGCCAUACAUUUGGUCAUGUAAGUUAUUCUCGAUCCACAUUUAUAUGGUUAAUGGGGGAAGAGGGUUAGGACCACCAUAGUUCCCUGCUUGGUUAUUUCAAGAUAUUUUAAUGAUCAGGAUUAUGACGAGGUCGGUAAAACAAAUCGAGAUGCAUUGUAUCUACCAUGUUCUUGGUCUCAAUCAUUAAUGGGAGGCAUAUUGCCGGGACCCUGGUAAUAACGAUGGUAGAUUAUCAUCUGUUCUUCAUAGCUGCUGUUUCCUGAUUGAUUGCUAAUCUUGGUAACUCCUCCCCGUAUCUACUAAUUACUGCACUCGUUCCUCGAGUUCAUAACCAAUUGCUUCUUAACUUCUAUAUAUAUAUAUAUAUAUACACUCAGAGAACACCAAUUCUCCUUGUCCUCCCUCUUGGGUUUAUUUAGAUAUAGAUCCCUCGCUGAUUUUGUAUUUCAGAGCCAUGCUUGGUCCUCUUUUGCCAUUAAUCACCACCCCGCAUUAUAUCUGCAGGCUAUAGAAACAGGCUUGGGCUAUGGAGAGUGGCUUCAUGGGGAGGCAGUUGCCGCCGGCACUGUAAAUACCCUCACCUCUCUCUCUCUCUCUCUCUCUCUCUGUCCCCUCUCUCGCAGAGUUGUAUCUACAAACACCUUCCGUGCACUGAAAAGAGCACUUAUGCCCAGGUCAUGGCGGUCGACAUGUCCCACCGGCUGGGGUGGGUGGAUGAGACCAUCGUCAGACGGGUUGGUGAUAUUCUCCGGGAGGCCCGGUUGCCGGUGGCUCCUCCGGAUGUGAUGACGGUGGAGAAAUUCAGGGCUUCCAUGGCUGUAAGUUGCAGGGAGAUGAGGAAAUAAAUUAAAAGGGCUUCCAUGGUUUAUUGGGUUCUCGUGGGAUUUAAUUUUAGGGUUUGAUGAAUCCUGCAGGUUGAUAAGAAGGUUGCAGAUGGGCUACUGAGGCUCAUCCUCCUCAAGGGCCCUCUUGGGGGCUGCGUCUUCACGGGGGACUACGACAGGGCGGCCCUCGACGAGACCCUCCGCGCCUUCUGCAAGGUCUGA